AUGGAUUUGCCUUUUAAUUUCACUUUUGGAAAUCAAUUUAAGUUAUUGAAGAAUCUGUCUCGACUCGAUAUAUCCGGUAUAACAGGACACUGCGACGUAAGAAGGAUUUCUAGAAAUUUCUUUGAAAACACGCCAUUUUUGAAAGAAAUUGAUAUUAGCAAUUGCAAAAUAUCACAUUUUGACAAAGGUCCCUUCAAAUUUCUUCGACAGUUGAGAAAACUUGAUAUUUCUCAUAAUAAAGAAUUAGGAUUUGCAUUUCUUCCCAACGUAACCUAUGGACUGAAUGGGACUAACAUAACAACUUUUCAUGCAGACAGCAUUCAUUGCCAAAUUGGAAAAGGAACACUGCUUACUUUAUCACAUAUUCAGUACCUGUUCCAAACAAAACUAACUGAGGCGUCUUUUGCAAAUAAUAGAAUAGAGCUAAUAGAAAAAGGAGUUUUGCCAAAUAUGCCAACAACACUGGAGAAACUAUCUUUUGCUGCCAAUAGACUUACAACAGGAAUAUAUCUGUUUGAGUUCCACACUCUGUAUAAUUUGAGGGAAUAUAACAUGACUUUGUUCCUUCAUCAGGAAAAUUUCGCUUCCUUUUCUGAAAAAUGUGACGAGAAAAGCGAUUCCUUUACGACAAAUCUGUCAAUAAAGCACGAAGAUAUAAGAAGUAAGCGGUUUGAAGUUAAGAACAGAAUUAAUAUUACGAUAUAUCUACCCAAAAAUCUGGAAACAAUCUUUGCAAAUUCUAGUAAAUUGUACGGACGAUUUCCAAAAUUUAACUUGAAUGCAAGCGGAAUAAAGAAUGUCUAUCUACAAGACAAUUUCCUUUUUGCAUGGAACCAACCCGUAUUUGGAGUGGAGAGUGUUGAAAAGCUGGAUCUAUCAAACAAUUUAUGCACUGAUAUUUCUCCGCUGUUUACUGCCAGUCUUCUUCGAGUUAAAUACCUAAAUCUUGCAAGAAACAUGUUAGGACGAGCUUUACGGUCAGACAAUAAAUGUCAAAUAUUCCAAAAUCAAAGAAACAUUGAAGAAUUAGACAUAUCAGGAAACCAGCUUGUAGACUUACCAUUUUGUACAUUUCAAAACUUGGUGAAAAUGAGAAUACUACGACUUGGUAAUAACCAGAUGACUAAUGUAAGCUUUGGAAUUCGUCAUAUGAUCAAUCUUUCUUACGUUGAUUUUUCCGACAAUCGAUUAACAUCACUAUCGGACGAAACUAUGACGUCAUUAAAACUGAUUUUUAAAAAGUCAAAAGUAUUGAUCAACCUUAGCUACAACAAGCUUCAGUGUACUUGCCAGAAUCUAGCUUUUCUUGCCUGGAUGAAUGAACACAAGAAUCAUUUUGUUCACAUAGAACAGUACAUUUGCUCCAAUCGGAAUACUCAGUUUGAAUUUAGGGAAAUGGAAAAAUCUCUUCUUAUUCUUCAUAUGAACUGUAUUAAUUUCGAUAUUCUGAAUGUAACAGCCACUGCUUUUAUAACUCUCUUUUUAUGUUUGGCACUUGUACUCAUUAUUAGGAAAUAUAUUUGGCAUAUAAGGUACUUCAUUUAUAAAACUAAGCAAAAGCACAAUUUUGAGAUUCGUUUAUCUGGAAUGGACCCUGAACCUUUGCUGAUGAAUAAAAAUUUGCCGAAUCUGAACAUACAGGACUUAUCUGAAGAUUCCAUGAACACUCUGUGUGACAGAAAACAAAGUGCAAACCAAUAUUUCUAUGAUGCAUUCAUAUCCUAUGUUGGUGCAGACAGAGAUUUCGUCUUUCAAAAGGUAAAACCUUUACUUGAAUCUCACAACAUAAAUGUAUGUAUUCGUGACAUUCACUUUGAACUUGGUAAUGGAAAAAUUGAAAAUAUCAUGAAAGCUAUCGGGAGAAGUAGGAGAACAAUCUGUAUUGUAUCCAAAGCGUAUAUGAGAUCCAGAUGGAGAACGUAUGAACUGAAUAUGGCAAAAAUGGAAGGUAUCAAAGCGCGAGAUUCUCUGGGAUUUGUCCAUCUUGUCCUUAUGCCUGACCUUUUUCAUGGUGUUUGUAAUACAAAUAUCAAGGAUUUAAUAGACAGGAAAUAUUAUCUCGAUUACCCCCCGGAUGGCUCUGCUUUACAAGAGGAAUUCUGGAAGAAGUUGAUUGAUAUUAUUAAAAGUCCGUAUUUGUGA